AUGCCUCCCCUUGCUCCACCGUCCUACGAGGCUGGCGACCUCGAGACUAUUUGCGAAAUAACCCUCCCACCUCUGUCUUGUAUACGUGACCAUCAAAAUAAUAAAAAACUAAAACCAAAAGAUCGACUCGAUCUGCUCAACGCAUCUAUCGCUGGGGGCGUCGUCGCUGCCACCGGAGCCUCCGCCACCGGUGUCCCACACCGGAGCUGCCGCAAGCGUAGCGGCCGCCGCGGCGCCGCGUCCGGCAAUGCCAUCCCGCGCUGGACCUCUUCUUCUCUCCUUCCCGAUCUCACGGUGGGAUUGCAGCGGCCGAGUGAAGGAGACCCAAAGGAGAGGGGAUAUCCAGGGACCGGAGAGGAGGCGACGGAAGAGGUGGAGGAGGAGGAGGAGGAGGAAGGUGGCCUCGCACGCAUCAACUUCUUCCUUCCCAUACCAGACUCGCCCACCAAGGUCAUAAAAUUUUCUUUUCGUACGUCAGCAAAAGACAAUAGGAUUCUCUGCCCUUGCAAGAUAUGUGUAAACUCUCGGUUGUUAGGUGAACUUGAAGUCUAUGAUCAUUUGAUUUAUGAUGGAUUCAUGGCUGGAUAUACCACAUGGAUUCAUCAUGGAGAAAGUAUGCAGCCCUCCGAAACAACUUCAAGUCCUAAUUCACAGUUUGAAGAAUAUUCUGAUAGUGAUGAGAUGGAUGAGAUGCUACUGGAAGGUUUUGGGAUGUAUGAUACUCGUACUUUGGGAGAGGAGCAAGAGUCUGAAGAUGACUUGGACGAUGAUGUUGAAGCAUACUAUAGAUUAGUUAAUGAUGGACGCCGAGAGCUGUACCCAGGUUGCAAAAGAUUCUCUAAAAAAGCUAAAGCUAUUGAUGGCCAACCACUAGCUGAUUGUGUUGAAGUUCUUGUCAACAUCGUGCUCAAAGAAACAACUGAGUUGUCUCGUGCACAAGGGAAAAUAAACAAGCUAGGAAAUGCCCAAGCUAGGUGUAUUCCAUGGCCACACAAAAAUAUUAUGCAAACAGAUCAUACUACCAUGCUGCACUCUAAGGUACUAUCAUAG